AAUCCAACUAAAUUUUUACAUUUUAUAAUCUUGUAAAGACAAUGUUAAAAUUUUAGAAAUAUAUAUCAAAUUAAGCUUCAAACUUCACAAUUGUUAAAUAAAUUACCUUAAAAAUUUAAACAGAACUAAAAUAAAAUAUUUACAGAAGAAUAUAUUAAAAAUAUUACAAUAUUGUUUUAAGAGUCAAAUUAUAUUUUAGAGGGAAAUAUACAGAAAUAUAUCUUUAAUAGAAUUUUUCAAUUUUCAAGUAAAAUUAUAAAGUUAAAAAUAGAGGUGAGUUGGUCUUACACGUAAAUGAGAGAAGAUUAUUAACAAUUUAAAUGAAUAUUUGCAGUUGUUUAAGUGAAUCAUUAAAAGUGUUUUGUGGAACAGUUAUAACUGCUUAAAUAAAAUCUUACAACCGUUGAUGAAUGUAAUUUUUAGUGAUGAACCAUUGCGAUCUUUGGUGAUGAACUAUUGUAAUUGUUAGUAAUUACAGUCUUCCGUGAUAAAUCAUUGCAACUUUUGGUGUUAACCAACUAUUGUAACAUUUAGUCUUAUUUAUAAGGAGUUGUGGACACUGAAAAAUUGCAAAUAGAAAAUUACAACAAUCACAUAUAAAUUAGAAUGAAAAGUUUCAUUGUUAAAUGAUCAUCAAAAAUCUUUAAAUAAAUACAUACAAAUAUGAAGAAUUCUUUUUGUUAUUCUUGUAUCUUAACCUAAGCUUUGAAAUUUUGUUUGAAAACAAUAACAUUCGAGAGUAUUUAUAUCUUAAUACCACCUCAACUUCAAAAAUGUUAUUUAAAAAUAUAACAAAAACCAUUAAUGAUUUCAAAAAUGUAAAUCCAUAAUAUAUCAAUUUAGUUAAUUUAUUUGCGUUAGUUUAAUAUAAUAAUUCCUAAUGUUUUAUAAAAACCCUCCCAAACAUUUAAGGCAAUAUUAUAACUGGGAAUGAUCAUAUCAGUAUAAAAUCACCAUAUAUUUAUUAUGAUAUCCAGUUUCUUUAAUAUACUUUCUCAGAAAAGUAAAUAAAUAUAUAAAAUAGUAAUUUUUAUUGUCAUUGGCACAUAAAUUGUAAUUUUUUUAAAAAGAGUAAAAACUAGUAAUUUUAAUAUUGUCUUUUUACUAAGAAAAAAUAUUUAAAUUUCAUACAAAAUAAUUGAACAUUUUAAAAGAAAUAGUUGGAACUAAAAUUCAUGUGACAAUUGUAAAAAAUAAACCUUAAAAGAGGGAGACACACUUGUAUGCAAUAUUUUUUUCUGAUAGAAAUAUAAUCGGAUCAUAAAGUUUUAUAUAAACAUAUAUUUAAAUAUUUUGUAAAUAUAUUUUAAUUAUCAAUAUUAUAUUUUUUGGUAUCGAGAAGAGUUGAUUGUUGAUGAUGAUUUAUAUACAUAGUCUAUUAUAAUAUUUAACAAAGAUGUUUCAGUUAUUCUAAAUUAGCCAAUAACUAAAUCACACAUUUAAUAUUUAUUCGUUCAAAAAAUUUAAUAUUUAUUGUAUUUUACAUAAUCUUAUAAAAUAAAUUAGUUUCCACGUAUAGGUAUUCAUAGUGUAAUUAAAUAGAUCAAAUUUUAUUGGGGAAUAUGAAUCCAUUGAUGUAUUCACAGAUAAAAAUGAUUUUAUCAUUCAUUCUAUUAUUGGAAUGUGUUUGCUUUUAAUUAGUUUCAAAUAUUCAGUUGUUUUCGAGAUUUUUGAAUAACUCAGCUAAAUGGAUAAUAAAACAUAUAUCUUAAUUGGUAUUGACAUAGUUAUAAUUUUACUACAAGCAAACCUAUAAACAAAAUAUUUUUUUUUAGCAUUAUCAAUAAAUGAAUACAGUUGCAUGUAAGAUAAUUUUGUAACAAAUGUAUUUUCUCAAGAGCAAUUGUAAACCGUUUUUGUAUGAGAAUAUUUUAUAAAAUAAGAUACAGAUAUUUUACGAAAUGAGUUCCGUGCGACAUCGCACGGGUUUCAACUAAAGGGAAGAACUUAAUAUAUAUUAUCAGCUAGUAAUUUAUCAUAAAGUAGAGCUGCUCAACAAUAUCAACUAGUGUACGUGCUGUUGAAAAGUUGCUCACUUGGAGGACACUGAAUCAAAGAGGUCUCGCUAGAUGAGCAAAUUGUUGGCGUUUUCUCAUUAUUUGUAUAUUUUACCAAAAAAUAUUUGCACAUAAGUGAAAACUAAAUAAAAACAUUUAAGGAGACGUUAGACAAUAAGCAAAUCAUACAAUGAACUUUUAUUUAUUUUAUUUUAAUAUUUAGUUUUAUCUUUAUUUGUUUGAUUAAUACUACAUCAUAUAUAUGUCAUAUCAUAUUUAAGGAGUAUUUAAUUUUUAUCAUCAAUGUUCAGCAGUAUGUCUAUCCCUUAUUGACUACUAUUAAUUAUUUUUGAUGCUUUUAUAUACUUGUGGGUUUCACUGGUAACAUUAAAGCGCAUGUGCUAAAAAUUUGAUAUAAUGUUGAUACUGCUGUCUUUUAUGACUUCGUAGCUUUAAAAAUAAAACUAUAUCAAUAUUGUUUAUAUGCUCUUUUCCCCCUUAUCAUUUCUAUCAACAACUGGAUCCAAUAAAAAAUAUCACACAAAAUAUUAGUUUGUAAAAUUUGACUUUCCACAUUCACAUUGUUAUUUUUAUAUUAUUUACUCUUCCACAUUAACAUUUUUAUUCAGUAGUAUAUACGAUAUAUAAAGAGGUUCCAGCUGGAGUUUCCGCCAUAGGUUCGAUUCUUCUCGACCAUCCAUAGAUGUUUUAAAUGGCAAAAAAAUCCGGAUUUUAUGGGCUUUUUGGUGAUUAUUCUUUGGGCCUAGAAAACCUUUGGGAUUAUACCAAGAUUAUCAAAAAAAAUAUAUACGAUAUAUAUAUAUAUAUAUAUAUAUCACAUUCAUACUGUGUUAUUGAGUUACUAUUCUACGUCAAAACUACUAUACGGCCAUAUACGUUCAUACCCUAUCUUUAUCUUAAAGCCAUCUCUAAUCAUCUCCAAAAGACACCGUUUUCAAAAUCGUGUCUUAUUUUUAGAAGAAAAAAAAAUUGCCACGUUGCAGAAGAGUUGUAUUUAUUCUACUUUAAUGUCUUUUUUCUACUUAAAUAUUGUCAGCACAAGAAUUGAUUAGUUUAUUUGUGAUAAAUACAACACCUCCCAAGCAGAAAAAAGUCACUCACACAAACACCUCGAGCUCUCUCUACCAUACAAACCAAAAUAUAUUCGGUGGUUCAAUCUUCAGUACCCGACGCCGGCGGAAAGAUUAUGGCGGGACAGUCGCGAAAAUGGAUGAUUCUGGUGGCAACGAUUUGGAUUCAGGCUUUUACCGGGACCAACUUCGAUUUCUCGGCUUACUCUUCAGAUUUGAAGUCGGUUUUGAAGAUUUCGCAGGUGCAGCUUAACUACCUCGCCGUGGCUUCUGAUCUCGGGAAGGUGUUCGGGUGGUCGUCGGGGCUUGCGCUGAUGUACUUCCCGCUUUGGACGGUGCUUUUCGCUGCGGCGUCUAUGGGAUUCGUCGGUUACGGAGUACAGUGGCUUGUCAUCACUAACUUCAUUUCUCUGCCUUAUAUUAUGGUGUUUCUCUGUUGCUUACUUGCUGGUCUAAGUAUCUGUUGGUUCAACACAGUCUGCUUUGUGCUCUGCAUCAGCAACUUCCCUGCAAACAGAGCGCUUGCCCUUUCCCUCACAGUAAGCUUCAACGGUGUAAGCGCUGCCUUAUACACACUUGCUUACAACGCAAUCAACCCAACCUCUCCAGAGCUCUACCUCCUCUUAAACGCUCUCAUACCACUCGUUGUCUCCUUCACUGCAAUCAUCCCGAUCCUUCGCCAACCACCUUUCGAGCCUCUUCCACCAGAUGGAGUUCGCCGUGACUCUCUCAUGUUUCUACUGCUCAACAUUCUCGCCGCUCUAAACGGUGUUUAUCUCCUCCUCUUUGAGUCAAACUCCUCUGAUAUAACCUCUGCUCGUCUCCUCUUUGGUGGUGCAAUCAUCCUCUUGGUCCUCCCUUUAUGUAUCCCCGGUUUAGUCAUCGCCCGUAACUGGUAUCAUCGCACGAUCCACACAAGCUUCCGCCUCGAAGGUUCCGGUUUCAUUCUCGUUCAUCCUGAUGAGCUUGAGUUGCAUAAAGGGAUGGUUGCACAUGAAGCCAAUAGAGAAGGCUACCAAUUGCUAAACGACGACAUUGUGCAAAACCUUGUUAUUAAGACUACAGCUCCAGAGGAAGGUGACACUGAUGAGUCCUGUUGCAAGAAGCUUAUUACAAGAGGCCAGCUUGAGAUAUUGGGAACUGAACAUUCUUUGUCGCAGCUCUUACAUAGAGCUGACUUCUGGUUCUACUAUAUUGCGUACUUCUGCGGUGGAACCAUCGGACUUGUGUACAGCAACAACCUCGGACAGAUUGCUCAGUCUUUAGGACAAAGCUCAAAGACUACAACUCUUGUCACACUUUAUUCUUCCUUCUCAUUCUUUGGAAGAUUACUCUCGGCAACACCGGACUAUAUCCGAGCGAAGGUUUAUUUUGCAAGAACCGGAUGGUUAGCAAUCGCGCUUUUGCCAACACCAAUCGCGCUUUUCUUGCUCGCAUCAUCAGGAACCGCGUCAGCGUUACAAGCGGGAACAGCUCUGAUUGGUCUAAGCUCAGGAUUCAUAUUCGCAGCAGCUGUUUCGAUCACAUCAGAGCUCUUUGGACCAAACAGUGUUGGAGUUAACCACAACAUCUUGAUCACAAACAUACCGAUAGGAUCGUUGAUCUAUGGAUUCUUGGCUGCAUUGGUCUAUGACUCACAUGGUUCGACUGUGAUCAAAUCAAUGAAAGACUCCGUCGUGUGUAUGGGACGGGGUUGCUAUUACUUGACCUUUGUGUGGUGGGGAUGCUUGUCGGUUCUUGGACUCGCUUCUAGUCUUGUGUUGUUUAUUAGGACUAGAAGAGCUUAUCAACGGUUUGAACAAGCUCGGAUAAAUUCAAAUAUUGAUUCAUAGAAAUUUUACCUUCAUUCCCCAACGGCUUGUGUAUAUCACAGUACAUGUAGGGAUCUAUAUUUAACAGACGUAUUAAUGGACUGUUAUGGAUUUUGGCUGAUAAUAUUUUGUUGUCGCUGAUUUAUUUUAGUCUCAAAUUCUUAUAAUUGUUAAAUUAUCCUAUCAUUUCUACAAUAAUAUUAUUUAUUUUGUGAGA